CGAUCUCUUCGAUACACUCCUAUCAUAACAGCAAAAAUGGCAUCCGAGGAGCCCAUGUUUGACCCCUCUCUGAAGAAAAAGAAGAAGAAGAAGACCGUAGCCUUCUCAGAGGACCCACUGGGCGCUGAUGCGGACCCUACAACCCCGGCGCCGCCACUAGAGGAUGACGACGCUCCCGCAACAGUUCACGAGCAGAUGAAGCAGAGUGCGAUGGGAAACGGUGAUGACGCGGUAAAGGAGAACGGUGAUGAUGACUUUAAGGCGAUGUUUGGAGAUCUUAAGAAGAAGAAAAAGAAGAAGGAAAUCCCGAUGGACUUGGGUACAGAAGGCUCUGGGGCUUCAACACCGGCUGAAGGAGCAGCUACUCCGGACCUUGACUUCUCGGACCUUAAAAAGAAAAAGAAGAAGAGAGAAAUCCCGCUCGACUUGGGCGAGGAUUCAGGUGCAUCGACGCCCGUGGCAAAGGAAGGAGACGAUGGUACUGCUCCAGCAGAGGAUCUUGAUUUCAGCGACCUGAAGAAGAAAAAGAAAUCGACUAAAAAGAAAGCCGCGUUCGACUUAGAGGCAUUUGAACGCGAGCUCGGAGAGGCGCAGGGCGAUGUUGUUGAUGGCACUCAUCUUGAUCAUUUUGACGAGAAUGAGCUAGGAGACGAUGUCUUUUCUCACGGUGGGGCUGCAGGUGAUGGCGGAGCGGAGCCAUGGCUCGGAAGUGACAGAGAUUACACUUACCCUGAGCUGCUUCACAGAUUCUAUAACCUCCUUCAUGCACAAAAUCCCUCGUUACUAUCGUCUGCUGGUAAGCGGUACACUAUUCCCCCACCGUCCGUCCAUCGAGAAGGGAACAAGAAGUCGAUUUUUGCCAACGUCAACGACAUAUGCAAGAGGAUGCACAGGCCGUUAGACCACGUCACGCAGUUUAUGUUUGCAGAAAUGGGAACAACUGGUUCUCUGGAUGGGUCUAGUCGGUUAGUCAUCAAAGGUCGGUUCCAACAAAAGCAACUUGAAAACGUUUUGAGGCGAUACAUUGUCGAGUACGUGACGUGCAAGACAUGCAGGUCCCCAGACACGGUGUUGCAGAAGGAGAACCGUAUUUUCUUCGUGUCCUGUGAAUCGUGCGGGUCGAGGCGGUCUGUGCAGACGAUCAAGACUGGAUACCAGGCACAAGUUGGGCGCAGAAAGAAAGCUGCACAAUGAAGAAGUAGGAUAUAUGAGUGACCGUGUUUGUAGCAUCUUAUACAAGCUGUAUCAUGCUGCUGUAUCUUCCAGCCAAUCCGUUCAUCUGCUUUUGUAGUUAGAGUUGCUAAGUUCAUGCUAGCCAAUUAGUAGUGCGAGUAUGUAAGCAUUGC